AUGUCACAUUAUCCAACAGAUAAUCCAUCAAAACCUGAUCCUCAUACUACUGAUAUAGUCACUGCUGUUCAAUAUGGAUUCUAUGAACGUGUAGUUGAACUAAUUGAUGCUGAUUCACAAUUAGCAACAACACCGGUCAAUGAUAAUAUAACUUUAUUACAUUGGGCAGCAAUUAAUAGUCGAGUUGAAAUAGCAAAAUAUCUGAUAAAUAAAGGAGCAAAAAUUGAUGCAUUUGGUGGUGCAUUGAAUUCAACACCAUUACAUUGGGCUGUACGUGAUGGAAAACUAGAUAUGGUCAUAUUUCUUUUAUCUUAUGAUGCUCAACCUUUAUUAGUAGAUGGCGAAGGUUUUUCAUGUAUACACCUCGCAAGUAUUUUUGGUCAUUCAGCAAUUGUUGCUUAUCUGGUUGCCAAAGGACAAGAUAUUAAUUUACCUGAUACAUCAGGUCUAACACCAUUAAUGCAUGCUGCUCAUAAAGUUAAAAAUCGUGAUCCAACUCAAUUACUUAUAAGACUUGGUGCUUCUGUAAACGAACAAAAUCCAAAUAAUAAAUAUACGGCUCUUCAUUAUGCUGUAUCUAGUGUUAAUACCGAAGCAAUUCGUGUACUUAUAGAUUGUGGUGCAAAAACUAAUAUACGCAAUGCUGAUAAUGAAGAUAUAUAUGAAUUUGCAGCUAAAUCACCGCAAACACGAUAUUUAAUACUGCUUAUAAGUCAAUUAACAAUUGCAAAUUCCGAUCUGCCAAAAUGGUUACAAGUGGAUCGUUCAAUUCGCACUUUAGGAACAAAACUUUUUCCAUAUUUAGUACUGAUAUUUAUUGCAUGUGUGGUGGAAUUAAGUCUAUGGUUUGUUCAUAAAGGUAUUAUUAUGUUGAUUCUUAUUUUUCUUGGUUAUGGAUAUAUGAUGGUGUUUUUUGAUGAAAAUCUAUCACGAAAUUUACCAAUUUCCGUUGCACAAGCAUCCAUAUUUUGUCUUUACGCAAGUUAUUUAUAUUAUUUUCUGCCAUAUGUGCAUAUAAUAUCAUUUUCAUUUAUUGGACUUGUUAUAUGUACUUAUUUAUCAUGGAGUAAUUAUUAUCUUGCAAUAAAAAGUGAUCCAGGCUAUAUACAGAUAAAUCGUGAUCAACAAAAUCGAAUUAUUAUUCAACUGGUUGAACAAAAUCUAUUUGAUUAUGAAACUUAUUGUACAUGGUGCCUUGCUCGAAAACCAUUAAGAUCAAAACAUUGUCGACAAUGUCGAAGAUGUGUAGCAAGAUUUGAUCAUCAUUGUCCGUGGGUUGAUAAUUGUGUUGGUGAUAAAAAUCUUCGUUAUUUUACUGGUUUUGUAUGUUUUACACCGUUAUGUUUAUUCCUUUAUCUUCAUGGUGCUUAUUUAUUUUAUCAAAAUUAUUGUCAUAUACCGUCAUCUGAACCAUGGACACAUGUUUUUCAUUGUGCACCAUCAGUUACAUGGUUUACAUCAAUUGCUUUUUUACAUUGUCUAUGGGUUAGUGGACUUGGUGCAACAGUUCUUGUUCAAAUUGCAGCAGGUUUUACAACCAAUGAGCGAAUUAAUUCUUGGAAAUAUAAAUAUUUUCAAUCAAAUGCUAAAAGUCCAUUUUCAUUUGGAGUGAUACAAAAUUUAGUUGAUUUAAUGAAUCGACGUAUACUUUGUUAUACACCAACAAAUCUUGAUUGGACACGUAUUUAUACAAUAGAAGAUUUUACUGAAUUAAUUCCACUAAGAUUAAGACGAUCAGCAAAUAUUUCAAUGAAUUUGUCCAAUGUCUGA